UCCUCAGAGACUGGUAUAUGGGGUAGUUACGUCUCCACAUCGGCUCCAUGUUCGAGUUUUUAUGCUCAUAAUCAUGGGACCCUAACUGGUAGUGCCAUUUACUGGUUGCCCAUGAAAGAUCACAUACUUGAAUUUGAUUUGGAUAGAGGGACACUCGCCAUGAUCGAGGGGCCUGGUCUUAAUGAACCCCACAAACAUCGGAUCAUCAAAGCAGAGGAUGGUCAUGUUGGUCUUUUCGUGUUAACUGAAUAUAGCAUUCAAAUGUGGCAGAUGAAGGUCAAUUAUCAAGGUGUUACCACAUGGUUGUUGCGGAAUGCUGCAAUUCAUGGGAUCUCUCCUCGGGUUAAGAUAAAAAAGACACGAUUGCUUGGGUAUGAUGAGGAUACUGAAGCAAUAGUUCUAAAUAUGCGCGGGGGAGUCUAUAUGGUUGAACUUAAGUCAAUGCAAUGCAAGAAACUUCAUGAAGUCACUAAUUAUGCAAGCUGUCGCUAUUAUCCUUUUAAGAGUUUCCGUCCUCCAGGCAUAGGCAUUGCUGCUGGAUGUGAUGGAGUUGAAGCGCGGCACGGUGCAUUGGGAUGAAUGUUUCAUUUUUUGAUUUAAUAUAAUGUGCUGAAAUCAUUCAGCAAGUAAGAAUAUCACUUGAAUAUAGUUUGUGAGAAUUAAACUGUUUUAGUUUUUCACAAGCAUGUUCAUCACCAUAGAUCGAUUGUGAUCAUGAUCUACCCAUGCUUUUUUUUGUUGCCUUGAGAUUAAUGGGAAAAGUACAGGGCCGAAGGAAGUAACGCAGAAUAUACCAGAUAAGAGAAAUAUAAGUGUUGUAAUUUUUCAAAAAGAAAUAAUUGGCAUGUAAUCUCGUCUA